GGGUCCCGGUAGGAGGGGGUUCUGGAUGUGAGGAUGUGGUCUAUGUGAGGAGGAUCCUCUAGGGUUUGAUUUCUGAAUCACUGCAUCGAAACCUGGUUAUGUCUUAUUGCGGUGAUGGUGAGCUGUACUGGUGGAACUUUGGGUAACGCGAACGAGUCCGGGCCUAAGGUUACGUCAAGAUGACCAUGUGACAAGGCGUCAUCUUCUCCAUUGAGGCCCGAGGCGGUUCAACUCUGAUGGGUUUGAGUUUGUGUGGAUUUGAGCUGAUCUUCACGUAGUUUAGCUGUGCCUCAGUGUAGUCCUCGCGGCGGUGGAACAGGUUGGGAAGACUGAGAUACGUCGACAACAGCACGGCGCACUUGUGUUUAGACCCGAGAAGUGUUGGAAGAAAGACAAACAGGGUUUACGUUGUUAGUUUGUGGUGUUCACAUAUUUUUUAUUUGGUAGAAGCGUCACGUUGUAAGCUUUUGGGACCAGCUUUCGGAGCGGUUUGGAUCUGGUACAGCGCGUUUUGCAUCAGUUCAACGGAGUAAGAUUGGAUGCCUUCAGAUUAAACGGAAUCAAUGGACAUUCAGGAUACGCUGCACUCCUCUUGUGUAUUGAGGAGAAAUAAACGGGUGUUUAGAGGUUUUGUUAGAUUGGGUACCAGGUUCAUGAUUUGCUCUUGAGGUAUUUUACUUAAAACGCUGUAAGUCAGUCUUCCCGGAGGUUUUAGGGAGACCAGGACUUUGAAGGUCGUGAGAGUUGUUCGAGAUUGGGUCGCCCUUUUCACAGGGACGCCCUUUUCACAGGGACGCCGUUUGAAAAUCGCAGCGUCUGCUGUGGUCGUUUCUUUAAUGAGACAGGGGUUUGGUUUCGAAGGAUUUGAUUGGUUUAAGAAGUUUUGUACGAUUUGGCAUGCAUCGCGGCAGAGUAGUUUGCAACAAAAACGAGGCCAUGGCAUCGUCGAUUGGGGUCAGUGUUCCUUCCGCACGGGGUUUUAUUAAGGAAGAGGCUCAGACGGGGCUUUGGGUUUCAGAUGUCAUUACCAGUGAGUCAGUCGAUGUUGCAAGGGCAUCAGCUGGCGUGGACAAAGACUUUUUGUGUCCGAUUUGUUUUCAGACAAUGGAGGAUGCGUUUGUAACCAACUGCGGACACUCGUUCUGUUACACGUGCAUCACAACGCAUCUAAAUAACAGAAGCAACUGCCCCAGCUGCGCUCGGUAUCUUACAUCAGAGCAUCUCAUCCCCAACUUUCUCUUGUCGAAAUUGUUGAAGAAAACGGUAGCCUCACAGCUACUCGGCAUCUCCUCUCCCGCAGAGCAAUUGCGCCUUGCACUUGAGCAGGGAGCGGAUUUGCCUCUGAAGGAUUUGGGUUCCUUACUAUGUCUUUUAGGUGAAAGGAAACGUAGACUUGAACAAGUAGAGGCCGAGUCCAACAUGGAAGUUCUUCUUGAUUUUCUGUACCUAUCACGACAACGGAAACAGGAGGAAAUGCAAGAGUUGCAAAAUGAUCUCAGCUUCCUCAAAGAAGACAUAGCCACAGUCGAAAGGCGGCGGCAGUUCUUAAGGCUGAAAGACAAGCCCGCUGAGCGAGCAUGCUUAUCUGCGGAUUCAUCAUUGCCUAGGUUGGAUUUGUACUCGGGAUGCAAAAAACCAAGUCAUGGAGGAGCAAUUUCUGUUUGGCGAGGUGGCCAAGGUGGUGCGUUUUCUCCACCUAAUGAGGUUAAAUCCAUGGCAGGAAAUGCUGACAGAAAUUCAGCGUUUCUUAUGUCUAAGAAAGCUGAGGGGAUACAAAAGAGAUUACCUGAGAAUCCUUACAUAGAAUCACACGCUGGAUCGAUGGGGGUUCAUGCAGUAAGUAAGAAACGCCGAGUGUUGGCACAGUUCGAAGACUUACAAGAAGCCUAUUUGCUGCGGAGAAGGCAGGUUGCUAGAAAACAAAAUCAAAGACAAAUACAGGAGGCUGUUAGGAAUACGGCAACUAAAGGGUCAGAGAGCUACCAGGACGGGUUGGAAGACUUUGAGUCUGUACUAACGGCAUUUACACGUUAUAGUCGUCUCCGUGUUGUAGCUGAGCUUCACCAUGGAGAUCUAUUUCAUAGUUCAAAUAUUGUUUCCAGUAUCGAAUUUGAUCGUGACGAUGAAUUCUUUGCGACAGCGGGUGUUUCUCGGCGCGUAAAAGUUUUCAAUUUCGAGACUGUUGUAAAUGAAUUAGCGGAUGUUCACUGUCCAUUGGUGGAGAUAGCAACACGGUCUAAAUUGAGUUGCUUGAGCUGGAACAAGUGUGCGAAACCACUUAUUGCUAGUAGCGAUUACGAAGGCACCGUUACAGUAUGGGAUGUUAAUACAAGACAGGCUGUGAUGGAGUAUGAGGAACAUGAGAAGCGAGCUUGGAGCGUAGACUUUUCUCGUACAGAGCCAUCAAUGCUGGUUUCUGGAAGCGAUGAUGGAAAGGUGAAGGUGUGGUGCACAAGGCAGGAGUCUAGUGCGCUCAGCCUGGAUAUGAGGGCUAACAUCUGUUGCGUUAAGUACAAUCCUGGUUCCAGCAACCAUAUUGCAGUGGGUUCUGCUGACCACUGUAUACAUUACUUUGAUUUGCGGAACGCAAGCACACCACUCUAUGUAUUCAAGGGGCACCGGAAGGCUGUUUCUUACGUGAAGUUUAUAUCACCGACUGAGUUAGCUUCGGCAUCUACAGAUAGCACACUUCGACUUUGGGAUGUUCAGCGAGACUGCUCGAUACGAACGCUCAGAGGACACACAAAUGAGAAGAAUUUUGUAGGAUUGACUGUAAACAAUGAGUAUAUUGCCUGCGGGAGUGAAUCAAAUGAGGUUUUCGUGUAUCAUAAGGCUAUGUCGAGGCCAGCUUCGUGGCACAGAUUUGGGUCCCACAACUCUGAAGAUAACGGAGAUGAUAGUUCACACUUCAUCAGUGCAGUUUGUUGGAAGAGUCAGAGUCCGACUAUGUUAGCGGCUAACUCGCAAGGCACAAUUAAAGUACUCGCACUGGCUCCUUGAACUUCAGAAUCUGCUUCAUUUGCUUGACGGUACUGUCACUCAGUGAAAGAUUUUUCCAUUUUUUGCUGGAAGUUUUCCAAGCGAAUGUGAUUGCAUUCUAGGAAACUUGGAUCAUGUAGCCAUCAAAGCUUUGAUUCAAAUAUUGGAACAACAGUGUUCUGCUCAAUCUUCUUAGUACCUAUAGGACAUUCUAAAUAAUUUUGCAAAUUUGAGUCGUGUCUGAGAAUGUAAAGCGAAAUUUGAGUGAAAUCGAAGGAGAAAAAUACUUCAGCAUUUUUUUUCUGAAAGUAGCCAUUCCUCAGUAAAAUCCUUCUUUGAUUAGGAGAAUUUAAUAGAUAGACAAAUGGAAGUUAGAGAUUAUCAGCUCAAAUUUUUGGUUU